AUGUCGCACCACGUUUUAAAAGUCGCGUUUUUAAUCAUUGGUAUUUCCCUAUGUGCACUUCUUAUGAACACGAUGACCCGCUUUGAUGGAUACGACGUACACCGUUCAAAUCCAUCGCCACUUGAUGCCAGAGUUUACGACAAAGUCAGGAUUUUUUUGUUGUUUAUUGGUUACAACAGAAGCAGACACACCCUGCUUGCAGCUUUGUUAGACGCUCAUCCACAUGUUGUCGUUGCCAAUGACCUUAACAUCCUACAGCAGUGGAUUACCAUGCCUGGAAUAUUUCACAGGAAAAAAUAUUUUAUCUAUGAGCUGAUUUAUGCCAAAUCACGGUAUGAUGUGAUGUAUGGUGUGCGCUCUAGAGCAGUAAACGGGGGCCCAGUACAGUAUCAUUACAACGUAAAGGGUCAGUGGCAAGGGAAGAUUCAUGAGAGUGUACAGGUCAUAGGAGACAAGAAAGCAGCUCAGGCUUCAAGAAUUUUGCUCGAAAGUGAUGGAAGGGAACAUCUUCGAAAUUUAGAGCGUAAACUUGGCACAACGCUUAAAUUCAUUCACGUGGUCCGUAAUCCUUUCGAUAACAUAGCAACUUUAGCGCUUCGCAGGGCGAAAGUCAAGAAAAACAAAGUCCAAGACAACCUUGAGUCUGAAAGUGAAAUGUUCAGCGAAAUACGGCCGAAUCGUGGUUCUUAA